CGUGAGUUGAAAAUUACUCUAAUAAGAGUUGGUUUCGAACUUAUGAUUAGAUUUUGAAAGUUAGCAUUACAUCUACGAUCAAUUCACCGGCGAGUGAAAUGAUUCUAACGUGGAAGAGCUACGAAGAUGAAACCGAACGUUGAUGCAAAAUUUUCUUUAUGGUAAAAUAAAAUAUCACGUAAGUACCAAUUACAUACUUCAAUGUAAGUAAGUAAUGAGUACCAGACGAUCUCUCAGAGUACAGAUUGUUCAGAUGGUGUUUAUUUCCAAAUUAUAAAAUGAGCUACGUAGACAAAACCGAACGUUACAGUAAUUAUCUUUCAGAAUAAUGAUCGCUGAGUAAAAACUGCGUACUUCAACGUAAGUAAAACAGUAGGUACUUGGUGAUUUGGUUUUAAAACGCUAAUUCUCCGGUUUAGUAUUUUGAAAAAUAUUCCAAAGUGAGUAAAAUUCAAAAUUACAAAUUAGCAGCGAACCAAAUCAAAUCAUUCAUAACUAGCGAAUAAUUUAGUCAAUUCAGAUACGCAAAUGAAAGACAAUUUUAACGAACGUUCAUUAGCAGAAUACCUACGGUCAAGUUACCGGUGAGUAAAGUGAUUGUAGCUAGGAAGAGCUACGUAGACGUAACCGGUCUCAAUUAAUAAUGAUUUUGCGAAAUAAAUUAGCUAGGAGAAGCCACGUAGAAAAUACCGAUGGUCUCUUAGUUUAAAAUUUCAAAAACAGCUAAAAGAGCUACGAAACUGAAACCGAUUAUACUAAGACCAAAUAAUAGUACUAAAUCAACCUAGAUUUAUGAAUAAUUAGCAGUAAUAAUUUAUUUAGAAAUUAUGAUCGCUAAUAACGUUCACGUAUUUUCAUACAGAUUCCAAAUCGUAUACGAAGGGCGAGCAAAUUUUAUCGUAGUAUAAAAUACCGCCAGCGGUACAAAUGGAAUAUAGCAACGUUGCCAGACGUAGCAUUUAGAAGUAGAAAAUACAGGUACAGUGACUAAUUAUGUAGUCGUUUAGAAUUUCCAGCAUCAGUGUUAAGUAAUACAAUGUUUAUUUUUCUCGGUGAAACAACUACGAGUAUGAUGAAAAUAAGCAGAUUUUCACAACAGAAAGUAGCAGUUGAAAAGUAAUCAGAAAAAAUUGAAUUCAAACUGGAAUAAAUCGACAACAUAGCAAACUCUAUUCAGAAAGUUGCUCUUGGAGCUAAACGUACAGUGAUGGCAGAAUAUACGCAUCUCGCAUGCGACAAAUGCGGUUUGGUGAUUACGUCACCAGGCAAGCAGUAUGGAGGCGACAAAAAGGUUCCCGAAUCAAUCUACAUAACCAAGUGUCAGCAUCUUUAUCAUAAGAGCUGCAUCAUGAAAGCGAUAAAAAACUCCGAACUUCGAAAUCCUGCCGGCGUGCAGUUGACUAAGUGUACACAUAUUGGAUGCGAACGAGAUGUGAGCGAGGACAUCUGCUACAAGGUAGAGGUAACUCGUAUUCAAAUCUCGACGCCUGAACCUACGGAAGCCGCAACCGGCGAGUUGCAAGCUCUCCGUAGGGAAAUCGCUCAGUUGCAUACCGACAGAGAACUACAACAAGAUUUGUCCGAAGACAUGUACAAGAAAAUGUCAGAUUUCGAAGUACAAUUAACUGAUGCUAAUAAUAUGAUCGCGAGUUUAAAAGCUCAAUUGGAAACUACUACGGCGAAAUACGAGGCACUCCGUAAAGCCAAAAUGUCAUCGCUAUUCCCGAGCUCCACAGCGAUAGCCAGUCACUUGAACCAGCAAUCUGCAACCAGCUCGAAUGCGACGACACCAGCUUCGCUGCCGGCGGUUACGGCCACCUUACCGACGAAUACGACGCCGAUUUCGACGACCACUGCACCUACCGCGGCGACAAACGAGCUCUGCCAGGGGUUUGUACCGUCACCGUUCCCGCCACCACCUCCGGUCAACAACGGUACACCAAAGGUCACGCCGAAAGUUCCGAAGCCGUCAAAAAACGCGGAAAGAGGUAUCCCCGCGCCCACGCCGGUGAGCGCAGGGAUACCUCAAACAAACGCCGCUACCGCGAGCAACCUUACGCAAGGCCUCCACCGCCCGCCGCCCGGUUUCCCGAUCAUAACAGGCGCCGCAGCGAACGCCACGACGAACGCUACGACGAACGCAGCGACGGACGCUACGACGAACGCUACGAUAAUCGACGGUACGACGAAUACGAGCACCAUCACGACGAACGCCGCUACGACAACCGCCCCACGGACACUCGCUCACGUCGAGGACGCGGCCGACGGGGCGCUUAUUAGUUUCAAAAUCCCGUUCGUGCAACCGGGUACAGCGCCGACUGUACCGGAUGCAAGUUCCCACUCGCCGAUUUCACCUUACUGGGAUUUCCCGCAAAAGAAGGAAACAGACUACUGGGGAAGACCACUCGCUCAAAGUGGUGAGCAGUCGAACUCCAGCGCGCCUGAUACCGCCAACACGCAGAAUUCCGUUGAUCCGAACGCGAAUUUGAACGUACCGAAUCAAGCCGAAAGCGCUCAACCAACGGCGAACCAGUCUCCGGCGGUUGUACCAAAAAAGAAAAAGCGGGCAAAACCGGGAAAACAGUCCAAUACGAAAGCAAAUCGAGACACCUUCGAUUCACGAUACCCGGAGGUAACGCACGAAGUGUUAGCGCCAUUCUACCCAACGAAUGCCUACCCGCAACACUUUUCGGUCUGCGGUUUGAAAAUCGGCGAAGCAAAACCCGUUAUGGCUCUGUUCGCGUACAAAUAUUGGAUUGUAGGCGACAUCCAUGCUCAUGGUAUCAUGCAUGCGAUUACGGAAGGCAAACCAUAUCAUGACAACAUAGAUAAACGCAUGUAUAAGCGUGACAUGAAAAUUUCGGAAUUAAUUGAAUUAAUCGUCGAAUUAAAACAAAUUCCGAAAAAUCUCAUGAUAUCCAUUGGAACAUAUGACAUCUUCGCAUUUACGCCACCGAAUACCUUCGACCUAAAUUUCCGGAAACUCAUCGAAGUUUUAGGAGAUAAAAAAGUCGAACAGGUAAUCAUGUUGCCACCGAAUGCGAGCGGCCGAUUGCACAACAAUACGUUCCGGCAAAUUACCCAAACCUUUACGUACAACUGGGGAAACGGAAAAUUCCAAUAUAUGGUAGCGGGCCAUUUGCUUAACGAUUUGAACCUCGAGUUGGCAUCUGUGGACGAGCUUGGACCGAAGUAUACGAAAGCUACAUACCAAAAAGUAGCAAACUGUAUUGCAGCCGUAUUUAUUCCGGAACCAGUUAUCGAAAAAAGCGAUUCAACCGUCGAGUUGAAUAACGCGAAUAGCGCCGCAUCAUCACCUGCAACGCCGCCAACAUCAAAAGCGAAGCUUGAUACGAACGUCGAUUCGCAACAAACUUCCGCACCAGUGAUGCCGCAGUUCAAUUUGCCGAAAUCGUCGUUCCAGCAGAGCCUGAACAACAUCAUAACCGACACUCUGUCACCAUCCUACGUAAACCCGCAGUUGCAACAGGCGACAGCGGAUUACCUGGGGAAUAAAGCAGUCGGUACGCCGCCAUACCCCAAAGUGGGUACAGCGACACCUGGAUGUCAUCCGCUAGAUCCGCGAAGCCAAAAGGCGAAAUCAACAACUUCAACGAAAGUUGAGAUUUCACCAUACAGUGGCUUGCACCUAACAAAUGUAGGUUUUUCUGACGACGAACAGAAACCGCUUACCGACAAAGAGGUGAUCGAACGCGCCAAAGUCCUCACUAAAAUUCAAGCCGACGUAAAAGCUAGUAAAGCGAAAGAGCAGGAGCGACUAGCCGCAGAUGCCAAAUCGCGCGAAUCGCUGAAGGAAAAGAUGGAGUGGAAGAAAGAAGCUGACAAUGCGAAAGCGGGCAUCUCCUCGUCGAAGGAGAAACCAGCCCGCAAUGUUUCUGAACAAUCCGGGAACUCGUCGGAAGAUUCAAGAAACAAGUCUAAGCAAAGCUCGUCUAAAACUCCAUCCCGCGCAACCUCCAAAGCAAGAGAACGCUCCCGCUCAGAGCACCGAUCGUCGAAUAAAUCAAAAGAUCGCAAGGUAAAAUCGGGAGAUGAGUCGUCCGUACUCAACACCGGUCUUAAACCUAACCCGACUAUCGAUAACGACAAACACAUUGGGUUCAUGGUAAAAACUCCACCAUCGGGUAAACCUCCUACCGAAACGGAGCGUCGAAUGUACGAGAUAUUCGGCAAUACCGAUGGCGUGCCCGAACCCUCCGAAUCAACAACGACCUCUGCAUCGGAAAGCGACACAACGAAAGUCGUCAAGUCAAAACCGCGCAAAUCACGCAGCUCGGUGAAAGUUAAGCUCUCGCCGCCGCAAACGCUACUUACCUAUAUUCCGAGACAGCAGCGCGCAAAGCAGCAGCGAGUAAACGCAGCGCUUAAGCGCAACUUAGUUCUCAAAAAGGUAUUCGGUAAACAGUCGCAACCGAAGGUGCAAACUGAAGCUGAACAUCCUGCGACGGAAGGAACAGUCAGCACUCAGCCAAAGGUACUCGUGCCGAAGCUUGAUUUAACAGAACCAACGCCGCAUGAGAAACCAGUUAAAACGAUCGACUUAACCGAGUCAGCGGAAUCCGAUAAACCUCUCAAAACUAUCGAUCUCACCAAUACGGUAGAUCCUUCCGCCGAGGAGGAACUACCUCGAGGAGCGCAGUCAAUCGAGCAGCGCAUACUCACAAAGGUUGACACAGCGGUACAGGAUACGACUCUAACUCUACAUUCCGUCGAGAAUGAUGAGUUCACCACUAUUCGACAAGUAGUGACCACUGAAGUCACUACUGAAGUCAUCGAAACUACCGAACCGGCACACCUCGUUGGUACCUACGAUCUGACCGAUGAGAGUCCUCGCAACGACGAAGAAUCUCAACAACCAGUAUCACCACGUACCGAAGCAGCGCUCCUCAACGAAGGAGUACAGCAAACGGGUGUACCGGCAAUUGAACCUUCAAACGACGAUGAAGGUGAAGACGACGAGGAGGAUGAAGACGACGAAGAUCUUUAAACCAACUCGCGUUCUCUUUAUAAAUAGUUAAAAAUUCUUUUUUGUUUGUUUUGUUUCGAUCGUAUCUCGUUUUCUUACAUUUGCCAAAACACACUGUCGUAGUAGUAAUAAGCUAUACUGUAUGACUUUUUGAUAUCAGAAUACAAGAUUUUGAAUCAAUGUCUUUUAUUUACUUUGUCGAAAUUAUUUUGAUUACAGCAAUAAUGAAUAUUCAAGAACGCUGGUGUGCCUUCAAUGAUAUUUAUUAUAUACUGCG